AUGGCCACCGAGGCUCAACAGGCAGAGGCGCUACGAAUCGAAGAAGAGCGAAGAAUGGCCGCAGCAGAGCGCGAACGUCUUGACGCGACAAUCGCCGCGCGACUGUCUCGCGAUGGAGGCGGAGCGAUGAUGGACACGCCCACGACGAGCAUGUCAUCCGGCUCUUCUAUUGAUUCGACAGGAUCCAAGCCGAAAGGAAAAUACGACUUAUCAACAUGGAGAUACGCGGAACUGAGAGAUACCAUCAAUACCAGUACAGGUAGGCAGAAUAUCCUUGAAGUUAAGCUUUCAUAUCAU